AUGGCUUUUUGUGGGGCCUCCGACGCAAUCAUGUGUCGCGCCUUCCCCCCAACAUUGAGGAAGGCCACCAGAACUUGGUUCACCCACCUAGAACCAAACUCCAUUCACGAGUUUUGGCAGUUCAGUACAGCCUUCGCCUUCACGAGCAGUCGGAGCUACAAGAAGACACCGGUAAGCCUCACCACGAUGAAGCAGAAAAGUGGUGAAACUCUGAGAUCCUACUUAACUCGGUUCAACCCGGUCAAGCUAGAAGUGGAGGACCUUGAUCCCAAGGUAGAAUACACCGCUCUACUAGCUGGGAUCCAUGACAAGGACCUCAACUGGGAACUUUACAAAAGUAAUCCAAGCAAUCUAAUGGAACUCCAGGCCAGAUGCGAGGAGUAUGCGAUGGAGGUGGAAAACCUAGAUGCAAAGAUGGAUGCCCAGGAAGGUAGAACCGAGAAAAAGAGAACCGAGCGAGAGGAGAAGCGAGGCCAUGAAGACGACAGGAAGAGGAGGCGGCAUCGAAGCAGAACCCCUCCAAAGCACUUUGAACGGUAUACUCCGCUCAAUCAACCCCGUUCGGAAAUCCUGAUGCAGAUCCAGAACAAGAAGUUCAUCAAGUGGCCGACGAAGAUAGGUAACAACCCAAACAAGAAGAACGACAACAAGUUCUGUCGCUUCCACAAUGGAACCAGGCAUGACACUGAUGACUGCAAGUUCUUAAAGGGGAGAUUGAGAGCCUAG